CGCAAGGGAGAGGCAACCGCUCCGCUCUUCUCUGCUGCCGUCUCCUCCCCCCUCCAUCGUCAUCAAUCCCCUGCCCUAUCGGCGGCCGUAUAACUCCAAGGAGGUUUCAGCAUCUCGUGAUGGAUUCGGGUUUCGUCGAUGUUCCUCUUCCCAUGGAUAAGAUUUCCCUGAGCAGCGUUCAAGAAUCCACCGGCCGGAUUGGUAUUCCGGAAAGGAAUCAGAUGUCUGUUGUUUUGUUAUCAGCAGGAAGCUUCAAUCCUCCAACUUAUAUGCACUUGCGCUUGUUUGAGUUGGCAAAAGAUGCAUUGGAAGCACAAGGCUACAUUGUCAUAGGAGGCUAUAUGUCACCUGCUAAUGAUGCAUACAGGAAACAGGAUCUUUUGCCAUCCAUACAUCGAGUUCAUUUGUGUGAAUUAGCAUGCAGAACUUCUUCCUUUGUCAUGGUAGACCCAUGGGAGGCAAAACAAAACAGCUAUCAGCGUACUCUUACUGUGUUGUCAAGGAUACAAAGUUCCUUAUGUCACAGUGGUUUGAUUAGAAAAGAAUCUCUCAAGGUAAUGCUUUUAUGUGGCUCUGAUCUACUAGAAUCUUUUGCGACUCCUGGAGUCUGGAUACUUGAUCAGGUCAGGACAAUUUGUCAGAACUUUGGUAUUGUUUGUAUACGCAGAGAAGGGAAGGAUAUUGAGAAGAUAAUAUCAACUGAUGAGAUAUUGCACGAAAAUAAGAAUAAUAUCUUCUCGGUGGAUGAAAUUGUACCAAACCAGAUCAGCUCAACAAGAGUGAGAGAUUGGACUUCCAACUUGGUUGAUGACAGAUCUUUGCAUGUAGGAGGACUAAGGAAUCGUUUCUUCUUUUUUCCUUACUUCAGGGAUUGCAUUAGAAGAGGGCUCUCUGUUAAGUAUCUCACUCCUGAUGAGGUCAUUGAUUACAUCAAAGAUCAAAAGCUCUACGUAAGUGAGUGAUUCUUGAUGCUUUCCUAGAACCUCUCAAGUCAAGUAAAAUGGUGAGAAGUGGAUCAGAACGAUGUUAUUGUUCUCAUGCUCUCAGAGUGUUUGAGAUCACAAACAUAAGCAGGGAUCAGACUUGGAAUAAUUCCCUAGGAUUAUGGAAGUUAAGACGGAUCGUUGUAGUAUAUUAUUUGGCUUACGCUUUUUUCUUUUUUGUUUUCGCUUGAUGAAAUCAAGAAUCAGGGUUCUUGA